CCACUUAACAGGUAACGCAAUCUGUGUUGGCGGUGUCAGCCGAAACAUGUUCCAAACUGAAAAAUUAUACAAUAUACACAACAUUUUAAUACUUUAUCUCUUAUAGUAUAUACCCUACAUACAAUCAUUAAAUUUUUCCAGUUCCGUAACAGUCAAAUAAGAAGAAUAAAAAGCAGUUUCAUAUAGACGGAGAUAUUAAAUGAAUGAAAACACCGCGAUAUUUCAGAAAAGUAAUGUACAGAAGUCACCGUCGAGGGAAACCUUGAUUCCACGUUGUCACAACAGAGUUCAAAAAUGGCCGAUAGGAACGGAACAGGAGACUCUGUCCCGUCCGCGGGGCAGCAGUCGAACAACAGCAACAACCCUCUCACUAGGAAACUGAAUAAAAUACUUGACACCAGAAUCGACAAUGACAAGGAAAUGCUGGAGGCUUUAAAAGCCCUGUCAACAUUUUUUGUUGAGAAUAGUUUGCGAACACGUAGGAACUUGCGCAGCGACAUUGAAAGACGAAAUUUGUCGAUAAAUGAAGAAUUUGUAGAGGCUUUCGAUGUUGUUGAAGAACAACUGAAUAGUGUUUACCAAGAAGUGAAAAGUAUGAAUGAAUGUUGCCAGGACAUGACCAACAGAUUAAAGACUGCAAAAGAACAAACUCGUGACCUUUUGAACCAAACCACAGGACUGCAAGGUGAAAGUCAGAAAUUACAGAUGAAAGCACAAGUCGCUGACGCCUUCUUGGAUAAAUUCCAGCUGAAACCUGAAGAAUGUAAAGUUCUGCGUGGUUCUAAAACCACUGGUCUACACAAGGACUUCUUUAAAGUGUUGUCCAGAGUGAAACAGAUCCACAACGACUGUAAAGUAUUACUGCGAACCAACCAACAGACUGCAGGAUUAGAAAUCAUGGAAUCAAUGGCAUUACAGCAAGAAUCAGCUUACGAGCGACUUUACCGCUGGACUCAGAAUGAAUGUCGGGCACUCACUGGAGAUUCUCCUGACAUUUUCCCUCUCCUCUGCUCUGCCAUGGAAGCUCUUCAAGACCGACCAUUGUUGCUUAAUUACUCCCUGGAUGAAUAUGGUACUGCUCGGCGCACAGCUAUUGUCCGUGGUUUAAUUGAUGCUUUGACCCGAGGAGGCCCUGGAGGUACUCCACGUCCUAUUGAAUUACAUUCCCAUGAUCCUCUGCGCUAUGUUGGAGAUAUGUUGGCAUGGCUGCACCAAGCUGCUGCAUCGGAGAAAGAAUACCUGCAAACUCUGAUCAAAUCCUGCAAACCUGACCCUGAAUUAAUCCAGAAAAUUCUGGGACAUAUUACUGAAGGUGUAUGCCGUCCUUUUAAGGUGCGUGUUGAUCAAGUCUUAGCUGCUGAACAAGAUGCUGUAGUGUUAAAUAAACUGAAUAACUUGCUCAAGUUUUACCAUAAUACCGUAAAGCAAAUUCUUGGUGAUUCAGCUUCAUUGACAAUUACAGUUGAAGAAAUGGCCACCCUUAGUCACCAGAUGUUCUUUAACAGUCUUAAUUGUCAUGCUAGUAAACUGCUUGACAAGGUAGAACUGCCGCCCCCUGAUCUUGGACCCACUUCAUCAUUGAAAGAAUCUCUACAACUUCUGCGAGAUGUUCUGGCAUGUCAAGAUGCCUCAGUAGUUCCACUGGACAACAAAAAACAGGAUUUCAAACAAGUUCUCUCCUGUGUUGUUGACCCAGUACUACAGAUGUGUUCAGUGUCUGCCAGCAGGUUAAAUACAGUUGAUAUGGCAGCUUAUAUGACCAACUGUAUAUACCUCACGCAAAAUGCUCUUGCUGUUUACCAUUUCACAGACAGUAGACUGGAGAUGCUGCAGGCUCAGAUCGAUGCCCAAGUUGAUACAUUGGUCAGUGAGCAGGCGGCUUUCAUUCUUAACCGUGUGGACCUUGCUCAUGUUUAUAGUACAAUUCAAAACUAUGAAUCAAGCCAGGGAGAGAUUUCAUUGAUGGAAGGAAUGGAUUCUCCAACACUGAAAUCAGCCAUGAGUAAAUUUGAUAAUUAUUUGGCUUCACCUGAUUCCCUCAUUCUUCCCCAGAGCAGUCUUUUACUCAGUGCCACUGUCAGGGAGAAAGUGAAAAAAAUAUCUGUGGAAUUAAUUUGUGAAGCCUAUCGCCAGAUCUAUAACUUUAUCUGUGACAAGAACCAUGGUUAUGCUGAUUGGCAAAGCAUUGUACCAAGAACACCAGAUCAAGUUGUUAAACUUCUCUCUUGACGGCAUCAAUUUAUAAGCAUUGUUAUUAUUUUUAUUAUCAUUACUCAUACAAAGGUGAAGUGUAAGAAAUCAUAGAAUGAUAGAGGACUAACAGUAUUUUGUUGAUCAGUGAUCUAAUCUUAAGCUGGGUGAUAUGAAGCAUCAACUUUGCCUUUCAUUCGACUGGGAUCAAUAAUGAAAUAAGGGCGACAUUUAAUUGCAUUGACUGGAUAGCCUUUUUCACUGCAAUUUGGGUGGGGACCUUCUACAUGUAAAAUUAAUAUUAUUGACUCUAUAUUAUCAGUGGGUAUAAAAUAUUGGGGGGUGUUUAUUUUGUUUUGUUUGUUGGAAAGAAAAUAAAAGUAUUUUCCUCUGGUUCUAAAAUUCAGAGACAAAACCUAA